AUGACCUUCAAAUUUGUAAAUCUGACCAAAGAACUUGCACAAGAACGCUCUCGGGUUGCUGGAAUAUUUUCGCCGAAGCUUGCCAUGAAUAUGGGUGUCGGAGGUAGAGAUCCAUUGGAAGGUUGUCGUGUUCCAGUCAGGCUUAAACAUUCCAAAUUAUAUCAUUCUGCUGAAAUCCUCAAGGUCAAACGGCUUGAUAAUGAUCGAAUCCAGUUUUACAUACAUUUCGAUGACUUCAAUAAACGUUUGGAUGAAUGGGUUGACCAAAGUAGGAUAGACUUUGAAAGAAUCGAAUACCCCCAUAAGAAGCUUCCACGUGACAAUACUUCGUUGUCAUUAUCACAUUCGGUUUCUGUGGAUACUUCGAUUAGAUUGCCAAAUUUAUCUCCUCGUAGUCGAGUUAGCUCUACUGGAUCCCUGCUUAGACGAAAGAAUGGGUCAGAUGAUGAGGGUGCAACACAAAAUCCAGAAGAAAGCGAUCGUCCGAAGUUACAAAUCAAACCUCGACAAACAGGAAGUAUGAUCUCCAGCCAUCACGAACAGGAUACAAUCACUCGAAUCAGAAAUAUCGAAUGGAUUCAGAUUGGUCGUCACAAAAUUAAGCCUUGGUAUUUCUCUCCUUAUCCUGAGGAAUUAGUUUCCGAACCUUGCAUUUAUAUCUGCGAAUUUUGUCUCAAGUAUCUCAGGUCUGAUGUUUGUUUAAAGAACCACCUGAAAAAGUGUCUUUACAAAUACCCCCCUGGAAAUGAAAUUUAUCGGAGAAUGCCGCAUAGUUUUAUUGAAAUUGAUGGUAGAAAGAACAAAAUCUACGCGCAGAAUCUAUGCCUCCUUGCAAAGCUCUUUCUGGAUCAUAAGACUCUCUAUUAUGAUACUGAUCCGUUCCUCUUCUACGUUCUUUGUGAAAUAGAUAAUUAUGGAUAUCAUAUUGUUGGCUACUUUUCCAAGGAAAAAGAAUCUACCGAGGAUUAUAAUGUAGCAUGUAUUUUAACCUUACCGCCCUAUCAACGUAAUGGCUAUGGAAAACUUCUAAUUGAGUUCAGCUACGCUCUUAGCAAAAUUGAAGGGAAGUUGGGAUCCCCUGAGAAACCGUUGAGUGAUUUGGGUCUAUUGUCUUAUCGGUCGUACUGGUCGACGACUAUCAUGGAGAUUCUAAUUUCAGUCAAAGCAGCAGAACCUGGAGGAGAACCUGGAAUUAGUCUGAGUGAACUGAUCGAGCGCACAUGUAUGAAGAAAGAUGAUGUUGUAGCCACCCUCUCCUAUCUCAAUGUCCUUUAUUACGUCAAAGGACAAUACGUCAUCUUUCUGAGUAAGGAGAAUAUUGAGGCCUAUCGUCGUAGUAAUGAGAGACGCACUGUGCGAAUUGACCCUCAGUAUCUCAAUUGGAAACCCAAGGAUUGGAGCAAACGUGGACGAUGGUAG